AUGUCCGGAAACGAGACUGGCGUGGUCAACGAUGCGAUUGUCGCACGAGCGUCGUUGGAUCACGCUCAUAGAAACGUCGAGCCAAGACCGCCGCCCAGCGUAUCGGGCCACUCGAAUGAUGCCAAACAAUUCAAUGUCGAUGUAGAGUCGGUAGGCGAACGAUCUACCUGUGUCGUCGAGCGCGAGACCUACCCACAGCCGACCGAAGGAGAAUCGCGAACACUUCGAAAGGUUGCCGAUGCAAUUCCCAGUACGGCGUAUCUGCUUUGCUUUGUCGAGUUCGCAGAACGUGCAUCUUACUAUGGCGCCAAGGCAGUCUUCUCCAACUUCAUGCAAUUCCCUCUUCCCGAAGGUGGCAACGGCGCUGGAGCUCCAGCGAAAGGCACGCAAGACACAGCUGGUGCCUUGGGUAAGGGAUUGCAGUUCUCGAACGCCUUUGUCCUUCUCUUCCUCUUUCUGGCCUAUAUCAUCCCAAUCGGCGGUGGUUGGAUCGCAGAUACCAAGCUCGGACGAUUCAAAACGAUUGCUCUUGGCGUGCUGAUCUGCGGUGUCAGUCACAUCAUUGAGAUCUUUGGCGCAAUCCCCUCCGUGCUCCAGGCCGGCAAUGGUAUUGCUCCCUUCCUGAUUUCGCUCUUUCUUCUGGCACUAGGAGCUGGUCUAUUCAAGCCAAAUGUGAUACCUACAGUCCUGGAUCAGUAUCGCCAUCAGAAGUCUUACGUCAAGGAACUUCCAUCAGGCGAAAGGCUGGUGGUUGACCCGGAGUCAACGAUCCAGCGCAUCAUGCUGAUCUUCUACGCAUUCAUCAACAUCGGCGCGUUCUUCGUGCUCGCAACAACAUACGCAGAGAAGUACAUCGGCUUCUGGCUGGCCUUCCCAUUACCAGGAAUCAUCUACUUCUCACUACCCGCUCUCCUCUGGUACCUGCAGAACAAGCUGGUCAAGUACCCACCAGACGGCUCCACUCUCAACAACGUGUGGAAGAUCACGACCAUUGCAUUGAAGCACAAUCAGGGUACAUUCUGGAAGAAAGGUUUCUGGGAGUCCGCCAAGCCUAGUGUAUUGGCCGAGAAGGGUGUAACCGCAUUCAACCAGAAGCCCAUCUCCUGGACCGACAAGGACGUCGAAGAUGUCCGACGUACUCUCGCAGCCUGCGCCAUCUUCCUCUACUUCCCCAUCUACGUCCUGAACGACGGCGGCGUAGGCUCCGUCUCAGCCUCUCAAGCCUCCACCCUAACAAUCAACGGCGCACCAAACUAUCUCCUCGGCAACUUCAACCCCCUAACAAUCAUAAUCUUCGUCCCCAUCCUCUCACACAUAAUCUACCCAACCCUCCGCCGCUUCGGCAUAACCUUCGGCCGCAUCUCGCGCAUAACCUUCGGCUUCAGCCUCGCGACCCUCUCCGGCGCAAUCGGCGCCAUAAUCCAAUACUACAUCUACAAGACCUCGCCCUGCGGCCACUACGCCACCACCUGCGACACCGUCUCCCCCAUCAGCGUCUGGGUCCAAAUCCCCAUCUUCGUCCUCGCCGCUACACCCGAGUGUUUCUGCAACGUUACCGCCUAUGAAUUGGCUUAUGCGCGGAGUCCGCCGGGGAUGAAGAGUCUGGUGGUUUCUUUGUUCCUAGCGAGUUCGGCGUUGAGUUAUGCGCUCGGGGAGGUUCUAAGUCCUGUGACGAAGGAUCCUUAUUUGGUGUGGAUCUGGGCGGGGCCGGCGAUUGCGUUGGCAGUGCAGACGGUGGUGUUUUGGGUGAGGUAUAGGCAUAUGAAUGAGGAUGAGUUUAUGACGCAUGAGGAGCCGGCGGUGGUGGAGGGCGGGGAGAAGGGAAGUGGGGACGGGGUGGUGGUUAAGGGCGAGAAGGAGCUGUAG